UCCGCCAGGCCCCUCCAAGCCUUUCCUCGCGCAGCCGCCGCCAAAGCCUGGAGAAGUGGAAUCUCGCCGCCGCUGCUCCCUGCGCGGGCCUCGCGGAGCCGCACUGGGCAUGCUCAGUCGCCGGAGCCAGUGCUGCUCUAAGUAGGAAGCUCGCGUGCUGCAGCCCGCAGCUGAUCCGGGUGCUCAGCGGACUGCGAGACCUGAGAGCCGGGUCCGGAGCCGAUCGAACGCCGCGCAGCGCUGGUUGAGCAUCUGUAGGGAGCUGCUGUGCUCUCCCGCCAAGCAUGCUGUGGUCGGAUCUGCCCAGCCCUGGAAGAGGAUCCUUCGCCGGAUGGAAAAUCCAUAAAAGAAAGCUCUUGUGAAGAGCUGAUUCCGCUGCCCACCGACUUAAGCACGCCCAGCCCUCUCACUGUUUCCGGAGUCCUCUGGAGUUCCUGAGUCCCCCCGCUAACACGCUGACUGUCGCUAUGGGCAGAAGGUACCCAGAGGCUCGAGGGUGUCCAAGCAGCUCAUAUUGCAAAUUAUAACCCGUUUCCUGCACCAUUGCUGACGUCCAACGAUUCAUGUCAGAAGUACUUCCAGCUGACUCAAGUGUUGGCACCUUGGCAGUGUUUAUGGCCAGCAGCGGAACCACAGACAUUGCAAACCGGAACAGCCCAGCUACACCACCGAAUACCCUCAAUCUCCGUUCCUCCCACAAUGAACUAUUAAAUGCAGAGAUCAAACACUCAGAUGCCAAGAACAGCACACCCCCCAAAUGCAGGAAAAAAUAUGCACUGACUAAUAUUCAGGCGGCCAUGGGCCUCUCAGAUCCAGCUGUACAGCCUCUGCUAGGAAACGGCUCUGCCAACAUCAAGCUGGUUAAAAAUGGGGAGAACCAGCUCCGCAAGGCUGCAGAACAGGGGCAGCAGGACCCCAACAAGAACCUCAGUCCUGCAGCCGUCAUCAACCUAACCUCCGAGAAGCUGGAGGUUAAAGAUCCCCACCCACAGGAGUCCUCAGGCUGUGAGAUUUUGCCCUCCCAACCCAGGAGAACUAAGAGCUUCCUCAAUUACUAUGCAGACCUGGAAACCUCGGCUAGAGAGCUAGGGCAGAACCUGGGCCCCUGCCAAGGGGUUGGAGAGGAGAAAGCCCAGCCUGGUCCAGGCCAGGCCCCGGUAGUCAUUGGGAAUGGUGACUUGCUGCCACAGAAACCAAACAAACCCCAGUCCAGCCCAGAGGAUGGCCAAGUAGCCACAGUAUCUUCCAGCCCAGAGACCAAGAAAGACCACCCUAAAACUGGAGCCAAAACCGACUGUGCCCUCCAUCGGAUCCAGAACCUGGCACCAAGUGAUGAAGAAUCUAGCUGGACGACACUGUCCCAAGACAGUGCCUCCCCCAGCUCCCCAGAUGAAACAGCAGAUAUCUGGAGUGAUCACUCAUUUCAGACGGAUCCGGAUUUGCCGCCUGGCUGGAAGAGAGUCAAUGACAUUGCCGGGACCUAUUACUGGCACAUCCCAACAGGGACAACUCAGUGGGAACGGCCUGUCUCCAUCCCAGCGGAUCUCCACGGCUCUAGGAAAGGGUCACUUAGCUCUGUAACGCCAUCUCCCACCCCAGAGAACGAGAAACAGCCAUGGAGUGAUUUUGCUGUUCUGAAUGGGGGAAAGAUUAAUAGUGACAUUUGGAAGGAUUUGCACGCAGCCACGGUUAACCCAGACCCCAGUUUAAAAGAGUUUGAAGGAGCAACGCUACGCUAUGCAUCCUUGAAACUCAGAAAUGCCCCUCAUGGUGAUGACGAUGAUUCUUGUAGUAUCAACAGUGACCCAGAAGCCAAGUGUUUUGCUGUGCGUUCUCUGGGCUGGGUAGAGAUGGCAGAGGAGGACCUUGCCCCCGGGAAGAGCAGUGUCGCUGUCAACAACUGCAUCCGACAGCUUUCCUACUGCAAAAACGACAUCCGGGACACAGUCGGCAUCUGGGGAGAGGGCAAAGACAUGUACCUGAGCCUGGAAAACGACAUGCUCAGCCUGGUGGACCCCAUGGACCGCUCCGUGUUACACUCCCAGCCCAUCGUGAACAUCCGAGUGUGGGGCGUGGGCCGAGACAAUGGCCGAGAGAGGGACUUUGCUUACGUGGCGAGAGACAAGGACACAAGGAUUCUGAAAUGCCAUGUGUUUCGAUGUGACACACCAGCAAAAGCCAUUGCCACAAGUCUCCACGAAAUCUGUUCUAAGAUUAUGGCUGAACGGAAGAACGCCAAAGCGCUGGCCUGCAGCUCCUUACAGGAGAGGACCAAUAUGAGUCUCGAUGUCCCUUUGCAAGUAGAUUUUCCAACACCAAAGACGGAGCUGGUGCAGAAGUUCCACGUGCAAUACCUGGGCAUGUUACCUGUAGACAGACCUGUCGGCAUGGAUACCCUGAACAGUGCCAUAGAAAAUCUCAUGAUGUCAUCUAGCAAGGAGGACUGGCCUUCAGUGAACAUGAACGUGGCCGACGCCACUGUGACAGUCAUUGGUGAAAAGAAUGAAGAGGAGGUCUUGGUGGAGUGCCGAGUGCGGUUCCUGUCCUUCAUGGGCGUCGGGAAGGACGUCCACACAUUCGCCUUCAUCAUGGACACUGGGAACCAGCGCUUUGAGUGCCAUGUGUUCUGGUGUGAGCCUAAUGCAGCCAAUGUGUCCGAAGCUGUCCAGGCUGCUUGCAUGUUGCGGUAUCAGAAGUGCUUGGUAGCCAGGCCACCUUCUCAGAAAGUCCGGCCCCCGCCCCCGCCAGCAGAUUCGGUGACCCGAAGAGUCACGACCAAUGUAAAACGAGGGGUCUUAUCUCUCAUUGACACUUUGAAACAGAAGCGGCCCGUCACUGAGACGCCCUAGCAGCCGGGUCUGAAGGAGCCCGUCACCAUUACCCAAGGAUCGGGUAGCUCCACUAAAGAAGCCGACACCUGGCCCUCUACUCAGUGUCCGAGGCUUUGUGUCCAGAGAAUUUAUCUUUAACCAGACAGUGUUAGACAAGCAUGUGACCUCGUCUUGCCGCCACCAUGUGAUAUAGAGAGGAGCAUGAUUUUUUUUUCUUCCUGUAAGUUACAUCAUGACCAGCAGAAGGUCUUCUUCUUGUCGUAAAUAUUGUGACCAGGACUCCCCGAGCACACUCACAGAAGAAUGCGGCCACACCCUUCCUAGACAACUAACACUGCAUCCUUGGACGAACUGUUCCCAAGUUCAUUUUGCUGUCCACUUGUGACCGGAUCUGUCACAGGCCACCUUGGGGUCCCUCGGCACCUUGCCCUGAUUUCGGAUCCUGAGUAACAGAUGCCGCUGAAUUGCUGUAAAACUGGGGUGACACCUUUGGGUUUUAGUUUUCCAUAAAAGUGAGCCUGUUGGUUGACAAAACUUGGCUGUUGGCGUCGGUACAGGCACCAGCCAGAGCUCUCUGACACAUGGACACCAGUUCACGUCUACAGCUGUUUGGGGUGCCGGGCAACAAAGAACUUUAAAAUUGAUAGAAAACUAAAUUUGAGGAAUUAAAGUCAAGCAAAAA